AUGUCGCAAAAGCAAGAAAGUUCAGAUACGAAGGAACAAAGUGACGAAGACCAUGGAAAGUUUGAAGAGCAGAAGUUACGUCUUGAAGAAAAAUCUAGUGGAACGAGUGGUGAUGAAGGUUCUUCUCCUGACUCUUCCAGUAUAUUUAGAUCACUGAUAUCGAAAUUUGGGAAUUUAUCUGCGAAUGACAAACCAAAUUUAAAUCGUCAGAAAUUGUCGUCUCUAACAAUUGAAGGUGUUGUAGAAUAUAUUCUUGAUCAGAAUAUUAAAAACAUAAUUGUCUUGACUGGAGCUGGUAUCUCAACAUCUGCUGGUGUUCCUGAUUUUCGAAGUCCUGGCACUGGAUUGUAUGAUAAUGUGGCACAAUAUAAUUUAUCAAAUCCGAUGUUGAUAUUUGACAUAUCAUAUUUCAUGAAGAAUCCAGAGCCAUUUUAUAAGUUAGCAAAGAAUUUGUUCCCAACAAAUUUAAAGCCUACUCCAUGUCAUUAUUUAAUUCGUCUUAUGGAUGAAAAAGGAUUGCUGUUAAGAUGGUAUACUCAGAAUAUCGAUUCCUUGGAAUUUAUGACAGGAAUUCAUCAAGAAAAGUUAGUAGCAGCUCACGGAUGUCAUCACAGUAGUACAUGUUUGUCGUGCUAUGCUAAAUAUGAUCAGAAUUGGAUCAUGAAUAAAUUAUUUCAAGAGAAUGUGAACGUAGCAUAUUGCGAAAAAUGUGGCGGAAUCGUGAAGCCAGAUAUUGUAUUCUUUGGAGAAAACCUUCCUGUUCGAUUCUUUAGUUGUUCAAAAAAGGACUUCCCAAAGUGUGAUCUUUUAAUUAUCAUGGGAACAUCACUAGUCGUGCAACCGUUUGCUGGUUUACUUGAUGCUGUUAAAGAAGAAGUACCACGCCUUCUGAUCAACUUAACUGAAGUUGGACGCAGCAUUUAUUCAUCCUAUCCGCACAGUCGUUCUGGUUUAUGCUACGGAGAUGAAGACAACUACAGAGAUGUAUUUUGGCGAGGUACAACGGAUGAUGGGGCAUGGAAAUUAGCAGAAUUAUUAGGGUGGAAACAGGAGCUUGAACAACUUAUUAAAAAAGAGUGGGAUAAAAUUGAGUUGAAGAAUCAAGAAAAGGCUAAGAAAGUAAGUUGUACCACCGAAAGAGUAUCCACCCUUGACAAUGGCAUUCAUGAUCCGAAAUCAAGCGAGUGUGUCAAAGCAGCUAAGGAAAAAAAUUUAUAA